CUCUCUGUCAUACACUUACAAUACGCUCAGACACUCUUCUUCUCUCUCUUACACAAAUAUACAUAAACACACAUAUACACCACACACAUGCUCACACACACGCGUGCACCCACUCAAUCCAUCAGAGUCCAACAUACCUGUGCAGGCUGGGGGGCGGCGGUGCUGGAGGGGCUUUUCGGCAGCGUUGUCUCUCAGGGUGUUCUUCUAUCUUUGGGGGAAGAAGCGGGUCUCAAUUGUUUUCUCUUUCCUCUUCCUCUCAUUCCUGGAAUGCUAAAACUGGACUGAUGGACAUUUCAGAACUUUGUCUUCCAGACCCUCUCAGCUAUCAUAACCAGGCUUUGUUGUCCAAUUCAUUAGAGAGAUUCCUGAGUCCACUGGCCACGCUGGAGUCCUCUCAUUUCUGGCUGCUGAAUAGAAUGGCCGCUGAUGACCGGCACAUGCCCUCCAGUUGUGGGUCCUACAUCAAGACGGAGCCAUCCAGUCCCUCCUCGGUUAUCGACACAGUUAGCCACCACAGCCCCAGCGGCAACUCAGACGCCAGCGGUGGCUAUGUCAGCACUAUGAAUAACCACUCCAACGGCCUGGACUCUCCACCUAUGUUCACGCCCAGCGGGCUUGGGGCCGGCACCUGCCGCAAGCGCUAUGACGACUGCUCCAGCACCAUCAUGGAGGACUCGUCCAUAAAAUGCGAAUACAUGUUGAACUCCCUCCCCAAGAGGCUGUGCCUGGUCUGUGGAGAUAUAGCCUCAGGGUAUCACUAUGGGGUGGCCUCUUGUGAGGCCUGCAAAGCCUUUUUUAAACGGACAAUACAAGGUAACAUAGAAUACAGCUGUCCUGCCACAAAUGAGUGUGAGAUCACAAAACGGAGACGCAAAUCAUGUCAGGCUUGUCGCUUCAUGAAAUGCCUCAAAGUGGGGAUGCUCAAAGAAGGUAAGAAGAGGGUUCGUCUUGACCGCGUGCGAGGGGGUAGACAGAAGUACAAGCGGAGGCUGGACACAGAAAACAAUCCAUACCUGGGUCUGACGCUGCCGCCUCCCACCAAAAAGCCUCUCACAAAGAUAGUGUCUCACCUGUUGGUGGCAGAGCCAGAGAAGAUCUAUGCCAUGCCUGAUCCCACCAUGCCGGAGAGCGACAUCAAGGCUCUGACCACACUGUGUGACCUGGCUGACCGUGAGCUCGUGGUCAUCAUCGGCUGGGCCAAACACAUCCCAGGGUUUUCUACUCUCUCUCUGGGAGACCAGAUGAGUCUACUGCAGAGCGCCUGGAUGGAGAUCCUCAUCCUCAGCAUUGUCUUCCGCUCGCUGCCGUACGAGGACGAGCUGGUGUACGCCGAGGACUACAUCAUGGACGAGGAGCACUCGCGGCUGACGGGCCUGCUCGACCUCUACGUCUCCAUCCUGCAGCUGGUCCGCAAAUACAAGAAGCUCAAAGUGGAGAAGGAGGAGUUUGUCACCCUCAAGGCCAUCGCUCUUGCCAACUCAGACUCCAUGCACAUUGAGGAUAUGGAGGCGGUGCAGAAGCUUCAGGACGCUCUCCACGAGGCCCUACAGGACUACGAGACCAGCCAGCACCAGGAGGACCCACGGCGGGCGGGCAAGCUGCUCAUGACCCUGCCCCUGCUGCGGCAGACGGCCACUAAAGCCGUGCAGCACUUUUACAGCAUCAAGGUGCAGGGCAAGGUGCCCAUGCACAAACUCUUCCUGGAGAUGCUGGAGGCCAAGGUCUGAUCAGAGAGUGGCUGAUUGGCAACAACGGAGGGCUGCAUUAGUGAUACAGACAGUGACCUGAACCAAGGCGGAGGGUAUUCAGGAGAAGGAGACCCCACUGACUGUGCUGGACAGGACAGAGGCUGACCUCUCUCCCUCCUCCUCCUCCUGGGACCCUGGGACAUUAUCAA